AUGAAUAAUAAAAAAGAUAAAUCUUAUUUGAAAAUAAUUGGACUGAUUUGGAUUCUAAUUGAAUGUAAUCUUGUUGCUGGAAAUAUCUUUGGAUUUGCCUCAUUAUUCAGUGAAUUACCAAAAUAUAAAAUUUAUCAAUCGAAAUGUGGAAACGUAUCUGAACGAAUUGUAUUAAAUAAUACAAAGACACAAGAAAAAGCAUGUGUCGGGCAAAUACAGAACUAUGAAUUUGAUUUUGCUCUGGGUAUUGCAUUUUAUAAUUUACCAGCUAUCAUAGUUGGUAUGAUUAAUGAUUAUUUUGGACCUCGAUGUCUAAAAUUAAUUGCAAUUAUUUUUCAUCUGAUCAGUUGGUUAUCACUUGGAUUCGUAGAACCUAAACGUGAUUGGCUUCUUCUAUUCCAUACGAUAUUUUUAUCUUUAGCUGGAAUUUGUACUUUACUUUCAUCAUUUUCUAUAUCGGCUAAUUUUAGUCAACAUCGUGGUCUUGUUACAGCAUUGAUAUCAGGUGCACAACUUACUAGUUCAAUUUGGUAUGCAAUAUUUCAACUUUUGAUUGAAAAACAACUGAUUUCUCUAUCGACAUUGGCCUUUAUAUGGGCAUCACUUGCAAUAUUGAUGUUUGGUAGUGCUAUGCUAUUUCUUGAUUGGCGUUUCACUUGUAUGAAUUUAACCUUGAAAUCAAAGUCAACAACAAUAGAAGUUAAAACAAUUACUACACAUGAUACUUUAAUUCAAUAUUUAAAAAAUCCAUUAUUUAUUGUUGUAACACUUUUUCUCAGUUGUCUAUUGCUUACAAUAUCAUAUCUUCCAGUUGUUUGGUUUAAAUGGCUUAUGCAUGUAACUGGAAAUAAUACACAAUUAACCAAUCAUUAUACGCGCUGGUACAAUAUGAUUGCUAUUUCGGGAAUUCUCGUUGCACCAAUAUGUGGUUUUAUUAUUGAUUUUAAAUCUGAUCGUGGUUAUAAACAAAAAAUGUUUAAUAUUUCAAUUUUACAAACAUUAACUUGGAUUGGUUCUGUAGCUCUUUGUAUUGUUUGUAUGUUUCCAUCGAUUUAUGCAGCUAUAAUAGCUUUGAUUAUUUUAAUUUUUUCACGUACAAUGCUUGUGGCUGGAAGUCAAGCAUUAAUUGCUACUGUUUUUCCACCUCAAUUUAUUGGAUCACUUCUUGGAAUUAUGUGGACAACAGCAGGAAUCAUUAGUUUUGCUACAUAUGCUUUAAUACUUCUAGCGACUGAUCCGAGAUAUAUUUGGCGAGGUUGGGCAAUUAUUUUAUUUCUUUGUAUUAUUAUGAGUGGACAUUUAAUUCAAGUUUGGAUAUUAUAUGCAUCUAGUCAAUCAUCAUGGUCAAUACGAAUACCAUUCUUUGAUAAUUCUCAUGAUAUUAUUCAUAUUCCACUUCAAUCAUCAUUAUCAAGAGAAAAAAUUUAUACACUUUCUUGUCGUAAUUGUUUUACUUUUUAUACAAUGACUGGAGGACGUCGAAUGAUUGUUGAACCAUGUGGAGGACAUAAUUGUAUUUCAAUAAUAAAUAAUACUGAUUUAGAAGAUUAUAAUGAACCAACAGAAGAUUAUGAUUUAAAUAAAUGUGGUGUAGCUCAAAAUGAUCGUUUAUUAAAAAAAAGAGCAUUACAAUUAAAAAUAAGUACAAGUGUUAAAAAUACUUUACGUCCAGCUGAAUAUCCAUGGCUUGUUCGUAUAGAAAGUCGUUCAAGUACUUAUUCACAUACAGUUACACUUUGUGGUGGUACACUUAUUCAUCCGCAAUGGAUAAUAACUGCUGCUCAUUGUAUGUUUGAUACUAAAACAAAUCGUCUAUAUCCAGCUGAGGGUAUUAAUCUUUUUAUGGGACAUUAUGAUCGAUUACGUACAAGUCAAACUGAAUAUAUACAACAACCAGUUUUAUAUUUAAUUCAUCCAAAAUUUCGUAUUAGUCGAAUAUCACCAGCACCUAUUCAUGAUCUAGCAUUAAUUAAAUUAGCUAGAUCCGUACCAUUAUCACGUUCAAUUAAUAUAGCUUGUUUACCAGAAUCUACAGAUAAAUUAAAUGAUGGUACAUUAGCAUUUACAGCUGGUUGGGGACAUUCAUCACCUGAUUCAACAGUUGUUAAUCUACCACGAAAAGCAAGAAUUCGAAUAUCACCACGUUCAUGUCGUAAUUUAAUGGUUGAUAAAAAAUUACAUAUAUGUGGAAGAAAUGAACGUGGAAAUAAUAUUUGUAGUGGAGAUUCAGGUACUGGUUUAAUGGUCAAUGCUGGUAUUAAAUCAACUAAUAAUAAGACCAUAUGGAAAUGGCAUCUAUUUGGUGUCGCAAGUUUUGGUCUUGAUGAAUGUUCACAAAAUGUUAAUCAUGAUAAUGCAUUUGCAUCAAUUUCAGUCGAUAUUGAUUGGAUACAUGACGUAAUGAAAAAAUAUUAA